GUUUCCGAAGUUCCGAUCGAGCAUGGGCUUUUGCGGUGGUGUGCUACUCGUCGUCCUCACUGUGCUCUUGGCAUCGUCAAUGCGAGCAAGACCGACGGCAUUUAGCUGCAAGUGUCUACCUUCUGAUGACUGCUGGCCCGACUCAAGCGCCUGGCAGGCUCUCAAUGCGUCCAUUGAUGGGCAGCUCGUAGCUUCGAAACCGCCGGCUUGGCCGUGCCACGAGCCCGAGUACAACGCUCUGCAGUGCCUCGAGGUGACGCAGAAAUGGAGCGAUGCGUUUUGGAGAGCUGCGCAGCCCGGUGCCAUGCAAGACUCCUUCUUCGAGAUGGAUGGCAACGAAGGUUGCCUUCUCUCCGGGAACAAGACAAGUAGCUGCUAUCAAGGGCGGGUCUCGGUGUUUGCCGUCAACGUGUCGAGCGCAUCGCACGUCCAGAGAGCUGUGGAAUUUGCCGCGACUUACAACCUUCGUGUGACCGUCAAGAACACGGGUCACGACUACUUGGGACGCAGCAACGCAGCGGGGUCGCUUAGCAUAUGGACGCACCACCUCAAGGAUAUUUCUUUCGUCGAGGAGUUUGUUCCAGAGGGAUGCAACAGCUCGGCUGCUCGAUCCGGCGUGACAAUUGGAGCAGGAGUUGUGUGGGAGGAGCUCUACCGCGCUGCCGACGCGCAUGGGAAAGCCAUAGCUGGUGCUCAGUGUUCCUCGGUUGGAGCUGCCGGAGGCUAUCCUCAAGCCGCGGGGCACAGUCCUCUGUCACCCAAGUAUGGCCUCUCGGCGGACAACGUUCUCCAGUACAAGGUCGUGACGGCGGACGGGAAGCUGGUGGUGGCGAAUGCCUGCCAGAACAAGGACCUGUUCUGGGCUCUUCGUGGCGGCGGCGGAGGAACUUUCGGUGUCGUGGUUUCCGUGACUCACGCGACUCAUCCUGCGCUGAAGAGCUUGCAGUUUGCCUCGUACGUUGUCGGCGCCAACACUUCCGAGAGCUUUGAGCUGGUCGUCACGGAGUUCGUCAAGAGCAAUCCGGGCCUGUCCCAGGACGGAUGGGGUGGCUUCUUCCUCAUCGCCAAGCGGGCGCUCAUCGUCCAGUACCUUCUUCCAGACAAGAACUCCUCCUUUGCGCAGAGCUCGUUCGAUCCAUUCCUCUCGGAGGCGAGGGGCAUCGCCGGCGUGAGCGUCAACGGGGCAAUGCAGAGCUUCUCCUCCUACCUCAAGUGGCACGAGGCCGUCCAGUGCUCCAAGUCCGGCUGCUCCUUCGCAACUGGCUCCUCGGAGCUGCUGGUGUCGAGAUUGAUCCCGAGCAGCACCUUUAGCGACGAUCCGGAGGAGCUGGCACAGACUCUAGUCGGGAUUUGGGACGAGGGAUACGAUCGAGUCAUGGGGUACUUGACCGCGGGUGGCGAGGUUUCAGUGGCUCGAGACAACGCAGUGAAUCCGGCAUGGAGGGAAGCCCUGUGGCACAUCAUAGUCGUGAAGCUCUUCCCUGCCAACGAGACCCAGGCGGCGAAGAAGUCUCUUGCUCGCGCCAUCACCAAGACCGGGGGCAGGCUGAGGAGAGUGGCGCCAUCCUCGGGCUGCUAUCUCAACGAGGCGGAUGUUAACGAGCCGGACUGGCAGCAGGCAUUCUUUGGCGACAAGUAUGACAAGCUCAAGCUCAUCAAGGAGGCUGUGGAUCCGCAGGGCCUGUUUGUGUGCAAGAAGUGCGUUGGGAGCGAGGAUUGGAGCGAGGAUCUGACGUGUAGAAGCAAGAAGAAAUGUAGAGCUUGAGAGAAGGACUCUCCAAAUCUAAAAAGUUGAUAGUAUUGUCUCGGAA